UGCCGACGUCGACAUUAAUAACACUUGGAAUCUCAUCAAUUGCUUCUACUGAACAUCAAUUCCAAACCGAGCAGAAACAAACAUGUCGUCGAGUCUGAAGCCUCUCGUCCUCCACGCCCACACUACCGGGCCCAAUCCAAUCAAGAUUGCCAUUGCUCUUGAGAAGCUCGGCCUCCCUUACUCGGUCAAGCUUUGGGAGUUCGGCGAUGACAGCGAGAACGGACUCAAAGGCUCCAAGUUUCUUGCCAUCAACGAGAACGGUCGUGUACCCGCUCUUGAGGACCCCAACACUGGAGUCGUGUCAUGGGAGUCUGGCGCCAUAAUGAACUACAUCAGACGAAAGUACGACACCAACAACCAAUUGGGACCUCAGGGAAAGAGUGAACAGGACAUUGUCGACUUCGAGAAGUGGGAGUACUUCCUACUUACGACUUUGGGACCAAUGACUGGACAGACCAACUGGUACAGACACUACAACGAGACCAAGAACGAGGAUGCUUUGAACAGAUAUGUAGCACAGACACACCGCUGCUAUCAAGUUCUCGAAGGCCAGCUGAAGAAGACUGAUGGCGACAGUAUUCUGCCUGGAGGAUAUACUGCUGUCGAUGCACACUACGAGCCUUGGGUUCGUCAGCAUGCUUAUGCAGAGUUGUCGCUCGAUGAUUACCCAUUGGUCUCGAAGUGGUUGAAGAAAUAUGGAGAGACUGCGGAGGUCAAGGCUGCUUACAAGAAAAUUCAGGAUGCAGCUUCGUAAGCUGAACAAAUGCUCUUCUCCACCUUGAUAAGAACUACAAAAGUUUUGUCACAUUUCGCGGCUUCUAAAUCUUCAACGGGAC